AUGGACGACAAUCUGGCUCUGUACAUUCUUUCGAAAUUAUAUUACGAAACGUCAAUAUUAGUGAUGGUGCUGGGGAACUUAUUUAUAUGGCUAGUUGGCUGCUUGGCCAGUGGCGCCCUUUCCAGGGAGCUAAAAUCUGCCAAGCCCAUGCCAGCUAUAAGCAAUUCACUCGUUAACUUUGGCAAAAUGGACAUCUCCUUUUACUUAAACGAUAAAUUUAAAGACGUUCUUGCAAAACGAGGCUCUUUGGUGAAUCCAUCCAGUUCGUCAUUCCCUUCUUCCAUUCAUGAUUCAAAAAUAGAAGAACCAUGCCCUUGCUCCAGCCUCCGCAACUUAAAAGAUCCAUUUACCUCUCACCCAUCCGAAACUCUAAACAAAAUAUUAAUGAGCAAUGACCUAUUCUCGUUCAAUAAAGAACUCAUAUCGUCCACGCUCUGCUGUGAUUCUCACGAAGAUGUACACGAGGAAGGCGUCUUCUUUGAGUUCUCACCUACACAAAAUCAAAUGCUCGCAAAUCCCAUGCAAGCUAAUCAACUUCUAAUGCCAUCGUUAACAAAGAUUCUAGAAAACGUUUUUCCCAGAAGACCACCAACGUUCCCAGCGGAAAGUAUUAAGUCUCCAGCGAUAGAUAUACUUUUGUUUCCUAAAAGGAAACCUAUAACAGACGGAAACACCGAUUUCUUUUUAAAAAAGAAAGCGGACAUACAUCCCGUUGGCGAUAAUGAGAAAAAACGAGAAAUAGAAUUCGUUAAUUUAACACCGGCAAAAACAAACAACAUUUCUGUGAAGAAGGAUUUGGGUACAAACAAACCCAAGGAAGAAAAACCAACAGACAUGGAUAAUAGUAUUGUUAAAACUUCUACUAACAAAUCU